AUGGAAUCCGGCUUCACAGUCUCACUUUGGCCGCUCACAAUGGCGGCCGCAACUUUGGCUUUGGGAUUAGCCGUGUCCGUGGCCCUGAUGGCUGCCGGAAAUGGGCAACUGCAUCAGCAAGUGGCCACCAGCAAGCAGUCGCAACUCUGGCUUGAUUGUUCCUGCCUACAUUUUAACGAGCGGAAUGCCACUCAAUGGGGCAGGUUGGCCAUUAAUGCCAGCCAGGCGCUGGGCGCCAAGAACAACUGCCUGAUGAUCUUCAUUGCCGGCAUGGAUGACGAGCUGGUGGCCUUUCGGCUCGAGCAGUUGCAGCUGCGCCCCGGCUGCUUGGACAGCGUGGACGUCUUUCCCUUUUUGCGGGAGCCCGUCAUCGAGAACGCGACGCUGGCGGCGGACACCUUCUGCCAGCACAGCCGGAACCGCAGUGCCACGCCUAUUUAUAGCGCGGGUCGAUUGCUCGGGCUGCGCCUCCGCUUCCAGCAGCCGCCCACCGACUUGGCCAGCUGGAACUUGACCCUAACCGCCAGCUAUCGAUUUCUGAAGCGGGAAAACUUUCGCACCGAUGGGCGCUUGGUGCCGCACAGCUUCUGCGACUUCUACUUCUUCGCCAGUUUGUCCGGCGAGGAGGGCAGCGUGGGCCAAGGCUACUUCCACUCGCCCCAGUUCCCCGCCCACUAUCCGGCGCACAUCAAGUGUGCCUACAAGUUCAUCGGUCGGCCGGACACCCACGUGGAGAUCCUGUUCGAGGAACUGGAGCUGCCGCCGGUGGCCAGCGGCGGAUGCCAGUUGGAUGCACUUACUCUGUUCGACGCCGAGUCCGCCCACAUGAGCUCAGUCAUCGACGUGCUCUGCUCGACCCGUCCCACCCGCCGGCUGGUGAGCAGUGGCCCCGAUCUGCUGCUCGAGUUCAACGCCAGCUCCAAUCGCACGGCCAAAGGAUUCCGGGGCAAGUACAAGUUCGUGCAGAAUGAGCUGGUACUGCCGGAAACCUCACCCCCGCCCCCUCCUUCGGCCGUUUUGGAGGCAGCCAGUGUGGCGGUUAGGCCGGAGAAGCUCCAGCAGCAGCUGCCCCUCGCCGCCAAGGCCAACAGUCUGCCGACGGAAGCGGAGCUGUCGAAGCCCGCACGUUCAUUUGAACAAUGCAAGCAGACCUUUGACUCACGAGUAAACAAAUCGGGCACAUUCGACUCGAAUCAGCUGUUGCUAGCAAAACACGCUCUCGGCGGCGUUUUAAUUGGUGGCUCGAGAGUCCUCCAAUGCCGUUACGAAUUCGAAGCCCAUCCGCCGGAACGGGUACAGAUUCGAUUCCACGACUUUAACGUGCCUACGGAGCACGAGAAUUCUACGGGGUGCCAGCCGGGGGAUGCACUUCAUGUGGUCUCCGAAGUGCGUGGACGCUACGAGACCCAGGAACUCCUGUGCGGCGCCUUCCUCCCCAAGCCACUGAUGUCGAACGGACCGCGGUUGCAACUGCAGUUUGUCGGAAAGUAUCCACCCGCCAUGACCAACAAGGUUCAGUACUACGGAUUUCGGGCAGAGUACCGCUUCCUUACCAACUAUGGAAUUAUGUCCGGCGUUCAACAAGAGGACUGUUCUUUCGUCUUCAAUAGCAGCGAGCGUAUAAGUGGCCUCUUUCACUCUCCAAAUUUUCCUGGCUACUAUCUGGAAAAUGUAGUGUGCAAUUAUUAUUUCUACGGAGCCACUGACGAGAAGGUAGUACUGCACUUCACCUAUUUUGAUAUCGAAGGCAUUGGAACUUGUGACCACCAGACCGCCAGCGACUUCAUUGAGUUUUCUAAUUUCAUGAGCACAGAUCGAAAGUACAGCAGAUACUGCGGAAAGCUUCAGGAUUUCGAAAUGCGUUCGGAUGGACGUUUUUUUCGCGUCACUUUGCAUUCAAAUGAUCGUUUUGUAGCUAUUGGAUUUCGCGCCCUGUACACUUUCGAAGCCAUUCCCGUAAAUAACUCCAUCGUUGAUCUGAGAGAUAAUGCCUCUAUGCAAAGCUUCGUUUCACUGGCUCCAUCGCUUCCGGUUAUCAACUUAUCGAAGAUUAUCUUUUGUAUUUUGUAUAUGCAUUUAUAAAACAUAAGAAUAACACUCAACCAUAGUAUUAUAUCUGCCAUAAAAACAUUCAGAUGUUUGCGAUAGAUCUGUUUAACUGAAUAUAUUUUCAUUACUGGCUUAAUUUAAUAAGAAUUAAAAAUAAAGUUACCAAUCGUUACAUCUUA